AUGCAUACGCCCUUACUGUGCUGCCCCCCCAGCUCAGAUCCAAUUUGGGCUCCGCCCUUCUCAAGCAAGAAGUCUAUCCAGAAUAAAGCUUCGCUGCUAAGAAACGGAUCCCAAAAGGCGGGAUUGCGACUCCAACGCUCGGCAGCAGCCCCCGCGCCUUGCCACACCCUUCCCCCUCCCCCUUCCUCCGUCUUGAAGGACGUCGACGAGACCAGAGACCACUUUGUGGCUCCAGCGACAGCCACGACUUGCAUCUUCUGCAUCCUGGACAGACUAGUUAACUCAGCAAGUCAUGGGCCUGUCAUUCAGAGUCUCAGGACCGUUGGCCAUGCGGUAUUGCUGGCGACUCGCAGAGAGCAUGAUUCAUUGGCACCGAAGAAGCGAGUCUAA